UCUCUCUAUGUGUGUGUAUAUAUAUAUAUAGCGUUUUUGGCAAAUUAAUAUUUUCUUUCUUUCAUGUUUGACAGGCGCAUGAAGGUAUCGAAUACGAAGAGGAAUUUGUACUAAAUUCUCGAGGAAUGAAGCUUUUCACGUGUAGAUGGCUGCCUGCGACUUGCGAACCAAAGGCUAUGAUCUUUCUCUGCCAUGGCUACGCCAUGGAGUGCAGCAUCUCAAUGAAAGGAACUGGAACUCGGCUGGCAAAGGCGGGAUUUGCAGUUUAUGGAAUGGACUAUGAAGGACAUGGAAAGUCAUCAGGCCUUCAAGGCUAUAUCCCCCUCUUUGACGAUCUUGUUGCAGACUGCACUGCUCAUUACACGAGGAUUUGUGAAAGGAAGAAAAACAGAAGUAAGCUGAGAAUUCUAUUGGGAGAAUCCAUGGGAGGAGCAGUGGCUCUUCUCUUGCACAGAAAGGAGCCAACUUUUUGGGAUGCUGCUGUUUUGGUUGCCCCAAUGUGUAAGAUAGCUGAUGAUAUGAGGCCAAGUCCAAUGAUGAUUAAUUUUUUGACCAAGUUAUGCAGCGUUAUUCCAACAUGGAAGAUCAUCCCAACUCAAGAUAUUAUUGAUACUGCCUUUAGAGACCCUGAAAUUAGAACUGAGAUUAGGUCGAACCCUUAUUGCUAUAAAGGCCGACCACGCUUGCAAACUGGGAAUCAACUAAUGAGGGCCAGUUUAGACCUCGAGCAAAGACUUCAAGAGGUUUCGUUACCAUUUCUGCUUGUGCAUGGCGAAGAUGACACAGUGACUGACCUGUCUGUAAGCAAGCUUUUGUACGAAUCGGCAUCCAGCAUAGACAAAACCUUCAAGUUGUAUCCAGGGAUGUGGCAUUCCCUCAUCUAUGGUGAGCUGCCAGAGAACAUCGACGUUGUGUUUUCUGACAUCAUCGCUUGGUUGGAUGACAGAGUUUGCUCAGGCAGUUCAAGGCUGGAGGUCGAACAAAAACUCCGUAGCGAUACUUAUUGCUCAUCAAGGUCAUCAAGUCGCAUUCUAGAAGACAAAGCAGUUAUUUCAUAGAGAUAAUUGGGGGGUAAUUUAAUUGUGUACAUGUUUGCCAUGCCAUUGCUUCUUUGUUAGCUAUAUAUAUAGGCUUAGUUGCUAAAACGAUAUAAUUUGGACCUGUAUGUAAUGUCGUCACGACUUUCGGCAAUUGCUGCAGCCGCCGAUGCAGCCAACCAUUGAUUGGGAAAAAAACAGGGUCAAGAUGGAUACAGGCCGGACCUAUAAUGAGGCCCAUGAGAAGGUUGUCUCAAGGCCCAUAAAUCUAUGAUUUUUUGGGGUCCAAAAAUUUGGAAGCCCCUCCCUCUCUCACUCGAGUGCCCAGUCGCCCACCCCCCUCUGCAAAUGCUGAAAUGCAGCAAACCCAGAAACCCUGCACUGGUGCUCCGCCCCUGCCCUUCUCCCUCUCUUACUUUCCCUUGCUCCGUCAACCGUUGCUCGCUCGCUCCGUACUUCUGUCGGACCGUCCGUCGUUGAUGAUGAUACUUUAAUAUUGGGGUUUUGGAAGAAUUUUGAAAAAUUCGCAUAAUGGUCAUUCCGAUAUUUGA